AUGGGGAGAAAGAGCAGAUCGAGCAGUAGCUCUAGAGGGAAGAAACGCAGCCGUAGCCGAGACAAGGAGAAAGGAAAGGAGAAGAAAGACAAGGGCAAAAGCAAAAAGAAGGAGAAGGAGAAGGAAAAGGACAAAGAGAAGGAGAAAAAGAAUAAAGACCGAGGGAAGGACAAGGACUCCGAAAAAGAGGAGGACAAGAAGAAGGGAAAAGACAAAGAAAAAGCAAAGGAAAAGGAGAAGGAAAAGGAGAAGGAAAAGGAGAAGGAAAAGGAGAAGGAGAGAGAGAAGGAGAGGGAAAAAGAGAAGGAGAAGGAGAAGGAAAAGGAUAAGGACAGGAGUAAGACGAAAGACAAGGACAGAAGAGACAAGGAGAAAGAUCGGGACAAAGAAAAAGAAAAAGCCCAUGCAAAAGAGAAGGACCGAGACAGACAUGCGAAGGAAAAAGAGAAAGAGCGAGACCGAGACCGCUCGCGGUCGCGCGACCGACGCCGGAGUAGUUCUUCGGAAUCAAGCUCCAGUGAAGAUAUGGGCCGACGCGUGUGGCCUAUAGCAGUCGGCCUUGGGACCAGCAGUUUUCAGCUGCUGCCUCCCUUGUUGGAGCUCAUCGAUGUCACCAUCGAUCCUCCUCCCGAACUCCAGCUGCCAACACCGGCGCCGGUCACUGUGCAGGCCGUGCCAGUGCCAGCAGUGCCAGCGGCAGGAUUCACGUCGGGCUUUGCUGACAAGCCGAGGCCCGGUAUGAGCCUGGUCCCCAGCAGUGGCUUCGGUGGCUUCGGAAGAGGGCCCCUGACGGGUCAAGCGCUGGCACAGCAGCAGGGCAAACAGCAGGUUUGCUUCAACUACACCGGUGGCAAGUGCUUCAGGGCCGAUUGCAAAUUCCUGCACUUGGGCCCCGGUCCCAGGUGGCUGGAACGUUCACAAAAUGGCGAAACACAGCUGUGCUCUGAGACUGGUGGAGUGUUCCAACCCACCACCAUAGGCAUGGUACUCGUACGAUGGUGCUUCCUUUUUGAAGUGGUGGUCAACCACAAGUGGGGCCAUGUCCAAUGGCCAAUUUUCCAGUGGCAUAUCCUGAAGAUGGCCACGGAACGCUUGGUGGAGCUGCUACUGUUUGGCCAGUUCUGUGACGUCACGGUGGUCUGUCGUGAUGGGCGGCUGCCGAUGUCGCGGCUGGUGCUGGCGGCAUUUUCUCCGGCCCUUGGGGGUGCUUUGAAGGCACAGGAGGAGAUUGAGCUGCAGGUGUCGGUGGCUGCAUUUCAGACCCUGUUGGCGAAGAGUUUUGGUGUCGCCGUCCAAUCCAUCCACUCUCGGAACGGUCAACCGAGCAGUGCAGAGUUGCGAGCAGCCGCUGUUACUCUGGGCUUGCCAGUGAUUGCUGACCCAGCUGCUUCGAAGGACCACUUCCACCUUCGAGCUCCUGAGCCAAAAUCAGGUGCCUUAUUGCGCCUGGGAGCUUCUGCCCUGAUUGUGUUGGCGGUUUGUGCCUGGCUUCCGGCUUGGCAGUAUAAGAUCUUCAACAAUGGUUUCUUCAUGGAUGAUGCCAUGAUUGCCCGAAAUCCCAAUGUGGUGGGAGAUUUCAGCUGGUCCCAGCUGCUUCGAUCAGAUUAUUGGGGCUUGGACAUGUUUGCAGGCACUUGGACGCACAAAUCCUUUCGGCCUUUCACGGUUUUGACCUUUCGCUGGAACUUCUUGUUGCAUGGCUUUGAGUCAUCUGGCUUUCACAUUGCGAACCUGAUCCUUCACGGCAUUUGCUCCAUUCUGCUUGCUGUCUUUGCUGCUCACUGCGGUUUCUCGGGCUGGUGGUCUGCAUGGUUGGGUGGACUCUUCCUGGCCCAUCCAGUGCAUACAGAGAGCGUGUUGUACAUCGUGGGCCGGGCGGAUCUGAUUUCUUUGAGCUUUAUCCUGCUGAGUUGUUUGGUUCAUUUGAGGGCCUCGCCUCCUAGAAAUUUCGGGGCCUUCCUGGCUGCCGUGGUUUCCUGCGUCCUUUUGAUUGCAGCUGGGCUGUGCAAGGAGACCGGCUUCUGUUUCUUUGGUCUGCUGGUGGGUUGGGAUAUCUUAUGGCUCACCUGGCAGCCUUCCAACAUGCGUCUGUGGAUGAGGAUGCUGCUUCUGCUGCUUCUCGGCACGCUGUGCUGCGGCCUCCGGUUCUGGUACACUGGGACCACCAUCGAAAGGAUGGAUCCUUUCAGUAAUCCGGUGGCAGCUGAGAAGGACCAGCUCGUGAGGAUUCUUUCCUAUGCUUUGGUGCAUGGCAUCUAUGGCAAACUUUUGGUUUGGCCAAACUUUCUGUGCUAUGACUAUUCCUUUGACGCAGUGCCCUUGGUGCGGAGCCUCUCCGAUUGCCGGCUGCUAUUGCCUAUUGGCUGCUACCUGGGCUUCUUUGCUCUGAUAACAUUGUCAUCGGGCCUGGCUCAGAGACGCAGGGAACUGCCAAUUGUUGGUAUGGCCAUCUUGAUCCUGAGCUUUUUGCCCAUGUCCAAUAUCCUCUUCCCCGUGGGGACCAUGAUUGGAGAACGCUUGCUGUACAUCCCUUCUGCCGGCUUGUUGAUCACCGUCCUUGGUCUUGCUCCACCACGAGCCAGUUCGCUGGCAUUCCUCCUGGCUGUAGGCCUCAUGUUCGCGGCUCUCACCGCUCAGCGCGUGCCCGACUGGUCCAGUCCUGAGACGAUUACGGUGGCGGAUGCCAUGAAGCAGAAACGUUCCACGCGAGUUCAGUAUAACUUGGCUACACACCACAUGUCCAACAAGCGCUAUGACGAAGCUCUAUCCACCUUUGAAACUGUGAUGGCCCUGGAUCCUACUGGCAGGGACUGCAUGCCGCUGUAUCAUGCAGGACAAAUCCAGAUCUACCGAGGAAACAAGACGGCCGCCGAAGAACUUCUGGCGAAAGCAGUAGAGGGACACUUCAGCCCACUUCUGGUGAACGAGGAGGAGGUCUUUCACGACUACGGCUUAGCACUUUGGUUUGCCGAGAAACCAAUGGAUGCCAUUACCAACUUUGAAAAGAGUCUGGCCAUCAAUGGGACCUUCACGAAGGGUCUGAACAACCUGGGCUGUGCUUUAGGUCUGGGUGCUGUCCUGGGAAAGUUACCUCAGCAGAUGAUUGUGCCUGGGAUUCAGCAGCUACAACAGGCAGUUUCUUUGAGCGGUGACAGCAUCCUCUACUGGCGGAAUUUAGUGGCUCUGCUGCGCUUUGCCAAUCAAGAUGAGGCAGCAGCUUCGGCGUACCAACGUCUAGUGGCCCUAGACCCGCACAGUGCACAGGACCCGCCACAAGAUUGCAGCUGGGAGUUUUCCUUUCGAUGA